AACGUUGUAAUAUCCGGUAGCCGCCAUUGUUUCAGUAAAAAACAAAAGAAUCGUCAGAGUAAAGCCACAUUUCCACGAUUCGUGGACCACGAGACACGCGAACUCGAAGGUAUUGUUCCGACUUCCAAGGCUCAUCGUUUUGCAAUUUCACUGUUUUACCAACAUUCAUCUUAAAAAUUGUUCUCCAGAUAGCCUAGACAUGGCUGCAGCCAGCAUGUUGGUGCAGGUGACCCACAUAGAUGAUUCCAUUAGAGGUCGCCAAGGGCCAUGUGUUUAUUUCUGGGGAAUGACUCAUGAUCGCAGUUUUUAUCUGACAAUGGAACUGUAUCUGGAAUCCAUCCGGCAAAAUUUGGAAACAAAGCUUCCACCCCUGAAUCUUAGUGCACUUGAAAACAUGCAGGUCUGCUGUGUGCUCAUCAACCAUAGAUGGCAGCGAGCAAGAAUUCCUGAAUUGAAGUUAAGCCAUUCCGGAACCAUUGAAGUCUUCUGUAUUGAUUCUGGUGACACUCACUCAGUUCCUUUAGCACUUGUGCGCACACUAGACAUUCCUGGAUAUGAAGCAGAAAACAUCAGACAAUGCCCCCCUCUUGCCAGCAAGUUCAUUCUUGCUGAUGUAGUUGCUCCUUGUGGACCUGGGGCUCAUAGUCGACAGUGGAGUGAGCUUGCCAUUAUGUACUUGAAGAUUCAUGUGGAGAAUCACACUUGGAAAGCAGUUCCAAUGGGAAUGUAUGGUACUCACCAAGGUGUGAGACUCUUCAAUUCCAAUAAUCAACUACUGGCAACUAUAAUGAUUCAACAAUCCUUGGGUAUAGCAGCACAGACAUACCAUGAAGCUUUAAGCAUGUGUGAGGUCAUGAAUAAACAACCAGCCUACAUGAAACCUGCAUUUUACACUUCCCCAGCAAUGAAAUUGUUCCCUGCUGGAUGCAACAUGGCAGCUUUAACUACUCCAGUCAGACCUGCUUUCGCCAUUCCCAUGUCUCAGAAAGAACAACUUCAUACGUAUCAGAGAGCGUACGUGAUCAACAAUCUACCAAGUAAAGGCCGUCAUGAUGUAAUCGUGUCACACAUGUCGGAAGGACCCCUUAAAUUCUUCGUCCAAAUGAAAAGCGAGGCAAGUAGUCUCGUGAAUAUACGCAAGAAACUCAACACAAUAGAUCCCAUUCCUUUUCACGGCACACCCGUUGGUUCACCUUGCAUGGCUAUCCAUCCAGCUGAUAAACUCUUUCAUCGUGGCCUGAUCACUGCUGUGAAAGAUUACGGCAAUCCUGGCUGUACUUGCACCGUCUACUUUGUUGAUACCGGUAGCCAGACUCAAAUUAAUAUCUCCCUUAUUUGUGAUAUUCCGGAUGAGCUACUGGAGCCAUGUUUGUGUGCGUAUCGGGUGUCUCUAUUCAGUGUACAAGAAGUUUCCAAGCUGUGUGGACUCAUCGAAAUUUUUGCCGCUUUUGUAAAUUCAGCCAGCAACCUCCAGGUUGAGGUAGUGGAUGAUGCAAAACAAGAGGUCAAUCUCUAUGAUGAAGCUGGUCGUAGUAUACGCGAUCUUCUGGGAGCGAUUUUUUCAAAUUUUCAGUCUACAACAACAAACAUUCCAAGUGCCGCCGCAAGCUCGCUGUUUAGUAAUGCGACGCAUAUGACAGUAGCUGAGAUGCCCUCUCUUAAUUUGGCUGCGGAGGAGAUUCUUUACGUAAGCUACACUGAAAAGCCUGGAUAUUUUUUCGGACAACUUGAAAAAAUAAGCCUACCCGAUUCAAAGACUGAGUUUGGAACCAAUUCUUUGAAUGAAAUGGCUAUUGAGCUGAGUAACGCCUACUCUUCGGAAACUAGCCCUCCUCAUCUGUACGUCGACAUUGAGAGCCGCUUAGGUCAUCAUGGCGUUGUACUCUGGGAUUUGGAUCAGCUUUACUAUCGUGUUCGAGUUACCAAGGAACUCCCUAAUGACGUCGAAGUUCAAUUUAUCGACUAUGGAAACAGUGUCUGCAUGCCACGUAGUAAAAUUUUGGCUCCGCUUGGAAAUCUGACUCGUUUCCGUCAACCACCUUACGGCGUUCAUUGUCAGCUUGAUCUUAAUGUGACAUUGGCCGUUUCGAAAUGGAAUCAUCUUAUUCGUGAUAAGUGGAUACAGGUAAAAAUGGGCCCCUGUAUCGAAGGGGUCUACUCCGUCACCUUCACCAAUGAUCCCUGUAAUACUGAAAUUGUCAAGAUUCUCAUGGGAAAUGCUUCAUCAAAAUUUGUGGAAAAUGUUAAAACAACUAGUUCAAAAAUUGAAACUUCCCCGCCAGUGUCAGUUACGUUAGUUUCCCCGCAGACUCCGCUUGCCGAGAAAGAUAAUCGACAAAUUAAAAGCAGUGACUACGGAAAUUAUUCGAUUACAUUCGCGAAUAGACCGUGCAAUAAACAAAGCUCUAUAGAAACUAAUGAUGAAGAAACACGUUCAAGAAGCAAUGGUAGUGUUACUUCUGGGAAAGGUGCUGGUCUUGUGCUGGCGACAGAGAUCCUUUACUCCGAAAACACAGUGCUCAUGGAAUGCAAGGCCAGUACAGCAGAAAGGCCGGUGAAAGAAGCAAUUGUACCUGAACAACUGAAUUUGUUUUGCACACCAAAGUUAAGUUCACCGAUUACUUCUACUAGUCAACUUCAAAAAUCGCUUCCGAAUGGGUCUGGAAAUUCAGAAGUUCGAAAGGAAUUGAAUCGACAAAUUUUGCCUGAAAUGAUUGAACCUCAGAAACCAGCAGUGGUGCUUGGGAUACCAAAAUUGGAAGCAUCUCCAAUCCAAAAGCAGUAUUUUUAUCCAGAACAACCAGGCUUAUCUGGUCUUGUCAAGAAGGUGGAGGUGGUAUUCGUAAACGACCCAUCUGAUUUUUACGUUCAUCUUCCGGAAUCAUUUGCCGCCCUCGAAGACUUGGCUAAAAGAUUGAAAUUAGUUUAUUCCGAUGAAUCCAAACCAGCUGUACAAAAUCCCACAUCCGGCUCAGCUUGUGUGGUUCAGUAUGACGAAGACAAUGCGUGGUAUCGUGGCCGAUUCGUGAGCUCUUGUGACCCUCAUUUGCUGGUCCCUCUGGCAUACGUGUUUUUCGUCGAUUAUGGCAACACUCAACUUUGUCCCAUAAAGCAAAUUAAAGCUAUUGACGAGGAAUUUGUUAAACUAAAUCCACUAGCCUUCCACUGCAAGCUUGAUGGAAUUGAUAUCUUGCAAGCAUGGACAGCUGAGGAGAAGAACAAAUUCGAAACUUGCUGUUUUGGGAAAAGGCUCUCGGCAACUUUCGCCAAACAAGAUUCUCAAGCCAAAUACCCUAUUCAUUUGGUAGAAGAAAAUGAGGGUGGUACUGUGACCAUUAAUGACAUAUUUAGAAAACAGAUUUUUGCUUCCAUUGGACCUCCCUCUAUUGCUUAUUCGAAACUUCCCAUUUCUAAGACAUCAAUGGAUGUUUUCCUCACUUGUUGCCAUGAUCUUAAUCAGUUUUAUCUUAGACCAUUUGAUGAUGAAGGCUACCAGAAUCAGUUGGAAGAACUAGAACAAUUCUAUUCAUCGUUGUCGCCAAAUGAACUGCUAGAGGACCAACCAAGCGUUGGGUUACCUUGUGUGGCCCGUUUUGUUGAAGCUGGGCGUUACCACCGCUCGCAAAUCCUAACCAUCCACGAUGAGGUGGCAGAGGUACUUUUUGUCGACUGCGGAAUGAAGCAAGAUACGCCACUGUCGCAGUUAAAGCGGAUCAUCGCUCGCUUUAUGACAUUCCCUCAGUUGGCGUGGCAGUGCACAUUAAAGGGAGGAAAACCGAGCAGCCCUAUCAACGCUGAACUUCAGAAAGACAUAGAUUCCUGCAUUCUGACUAGAGACAAGCUUUCUGUGUUGUUGACCUCUUCUGGUUCAGAGAGUACCGAUGAAGUACAUGAAGUGGAAUUGACUCUUCCCACUGUAGGAAACGUGUCCCAGUAUUUGGCUCAACUCAACGCCCUGGAGUGCACGUCUUCGAUCACUGAACUAGAAUUGGUUUCCCAGAAUGUGACUUUUGCACCAGCACAAGUGAUUUCUACCCACGCCGUCCUUUCCUAUGCUGACUCACCUACCGAGUUCUGGAUUCAGUUAGAACCAGAAUCUGUUAAAGACAUGGUGACUCGGAUCGGCAAAUUGGUCGCUGAUCCUCAAUUCGUCAAAACAAACAAUUUUACUGCUUCGAUCGGCAAGCCCUGUUUGGCGUUCUAUAUUGAGGACAGACGCUGGUACCGUGCUGUGGUAGAGGCAGUAAGCGAAGAUUCAGUAACAGUUUCUUAUAUCGAUUAUGGGAACAGUUGCCGUGUGAAAAACUGCGACUUGCGUGAACUGCCGUCCGAUCUUGCCCAGAUACCUGCCCUGGCAUACAAAUGUUGCCAAGAGGGCGCGGAAGGUUUUUUGGCACACGUCACCGAUAUAUAUAUGCAUAUUAUAACGGAGAUGACGGUCUUUACAGUGAAGUUCGUGAAAGUAGUCGAUGGAGUAUUAUACGUUCGUAUCUCCGAACCAGAUGGCACAGAUCUUGGAGAUCUAUGCAGUGAACAACCCGCAGAUGUAAAGAUGCAAGAAGUAUCUAUCGAAAGUGUUGCUGAAAAUGCAGUCGCUCAACCAGCAUCGACUAUUAUUCCUGGCGGAGGACUCGGUGGAAAUGUUGUGAACACAAUUUCGUCUCAGGUGGAUGGACAUCCUGAAGAAUCCUCUGUUCGCGAUCCUCAAGAUUAUUCUGUCUUAUCGAAAACAUGUAUAGAGUCGGCCAACCAAGAACCAAUCAACACCACUCAACAUGUGGAGGGUUACAUUGUCUACUGCCUAUCCCCCACGCAAUUCUGGUUUCAAGCCAAACAGGAUGAAAUGAAGGUUCACAAAAUCCAAAUUCUUCUAGUUGAACAUUAUGAAAAGGACUCAAACGCGUUUCAAAUAAAGGAGAAACCCGUUGUCGGUCAAAUUUAUGGAGUUUAUCACCCUGUUUAUGAGGGCUGGUAUCGUGCGCAAAUUCAAAAUUUAGCUGAUGCUACCACCGAAGUAUAUUUUGUUGACUAUGGUGAUACUCAGACCGUUCCCUUGGAAAACAUCCGUUACUUGCCAAGUGAGUGCGUAGGCAUUCCACCUUUGGCAAUUCGAUGUAGCUUGAAGAAACCAUCAAAGGAUUGGUCACAAGGGACAGUGGAAAAAUUUAACAAAGCCUGUUUUGAUUCAGAAAAAGUAUGCCAAGUGUUGUUUGGAGCAGAAGAUAACGGUAUUGUCUUCGUUGACUCAUUGUUUGUCGGGCAAAGUAAUGUUUUAGAUUUUUUAAAUGCCGAUGUGGAAACGGUCUAAGAACAAGAAAAAGUUGUUUCCAUUUUAGACCUAUCAAUUAGAUAGCUUUUGUUGUGACCCAUCCAAAGGUUGUUUGGAGACGUCAAAUUGAUGUGGAUUCUAUUGUCUACCGUUACUUAUCCAGAAAUGUUUUUUUUGUGUGUGUGUUUUUCAUUUGUUUUUAUUUGUAUUUCCACGCCGAAUUUAAAUUCCCAAUAAAGACAUUUGAACCUGGA